AUGUCGAUCGAUUCUGCUAUUCCUAUUGCGUGGGAUGUCUUGAAGUCCGUAGUUGCUCCCAUCAAGCGUCAAUUGGGAUACGUAAUCUACUCGAAGAGGCACGCCCAAGAUCUUCAGAAGGAAGUCGAGGAGCUUGCGGAUGAGGUUGAGAGGGUCCACAAUCUCACUGAAGACGCCAGAAACAAUCUUCGGAAUGUGAACAGAAGCGUCACGGGUUGGCAUGCAAGUGCUGAGACGGCCCUGAAGGAGGCGCGAGACCUGUUGCGCGACUUCCAAGAGGCGAGCAAGACUUGCUGCUAUGAAAUUCUUCCUGAUCCCAAGUGUCGCUAUCAAUUCAGCAGGAAGGCCAAGGACAAGAGCGAGGUCAUUCAGCAACUCACUCAAGAAUGCAGGGAAUUCGAGGCGUUGAACGACAUCUCCUCCAGCAAUCCUGCUCCAGGGAAUGUUGCUGCUCUGACUCCGGCUGAGGACAAUGGUGUCUUCGAAUCCAGAGAUUCUAUCAUUCGGGACAUCAUGGACGCUCUUGCCGAUGAUAGCAAUAGCGUGGUCGGGGUUUACGGGAUGGGCGGGGUCGGCAAGUCCACCCUUUUGGCGGAUGUCAAAGGGAGAAUGGUAGAAAAGAAGUCGUUCGAUUGGGUCGCUAAGGCCGACGUGUCGGAAAAUCCAGACAUCAAGAAUAUUCAAGGAGAGAUUGCGGACGCCUUGAGCCUUACCGAGAUAAAGAACAAAGAGACUACCAGCGGGCGAGCCGAGCUUUUGCACAAGAGGUUGGAAAAUGAGGAGAGGGAAAAAAAGAAGGUCCUCAUAAUACUGGACAACCUGUGGAAGGGGCUGGACUUAAAAUCAGUGGGCAUUCCUUGCGGACAUGACAACAAAGUCAUAGGAUGCAAGUUGCUGCUGACGUCAAGAUUUCAAGAUGUUUUGCGAAGGGAAAUGGGCUGCGACAGGGACUUCCACCUUGAAGAGCUGAAGGAUGAAGAGGCAAAAAGAUUGUUUAAGAGCACGGUGGGAGACAAAGUCCAUGAUGACCCGUUCAAAUCCUUGGUGGAUGAAGCAAUCCACAAAUGUGCAGGUUUGCCUUUCCUAAUUAUUGCAAUGGCAAAUAUUUUUAGAGACGCCGAUUUUCCUGGAUGGAAGGAUGUUUUGAGACAAAUCGAGAUGUCUACGAACAAAGGAAUCAGUGAGAGGAUAAAUGAGAUGUUGCAGUUGAGUUAUAAUCGUUUCAAAGGGGAGGAAGGCAAGGAGGUGAAGUCGUUGUUACGACUUUGUGUUGUUUAUGGUGUCUCUAAGCCCUCUCUUGAAAACUUGGUGAGGUACAGUGUGGGUUCAAGGUUAUUUCGAGAAGAUAGUAACAUGGAAGAAGUUAGAGAUAGGAUGAGCUCACUUGUCCAAACCCUAAAAGCCUCCUCUCUUCUGCUAAAAGACGAUGAAAAUGUUGAUGGUUUCAAGAUACAUGACUUGGUUCGGGGAUUUGUUGCCUUGGUUGCUUCAAGAGAUGACCCUCUUCUUGUGUUGAAAGAUAAUAAUAAGUCGGUGACAGAGUUGCCAAAUGACAAGCUCAAAAGUUGCACGGCGGUAUGCUUUCCCUAUGUUAACAUGAAGGAGCUUCCCAAAGAGUUAGAUUGCCCCGAAAUGCAGAUCUUUCUGUUGUUCACAUACAAUGAAUCUCUUAAGAUCCCAGAUUCAUAUUUCAACUCUAUGAAAAAACUCAUGGUCUUACAUCUUUCUCAUGUACAUCUCACUCAUUCACCUUUGCCAUUUCAAUUCUUGGAGAAUUUACACACUCUAUGUCUUGAUGGUUGUUCGUUAGACAAUGUAGCCGUGAUUGGUGAACUAAAAGGGCUACAUAUUCUUAGCUUUGUGGACUCUAAAAUUCGACGAUUGCCAAAAGAAAUCGGACAAUUGGUAGAGUUGAGGUUGUUAGACUUAAACCAUUGCUCACAACUUAAGAUAAUUGAACCGGAUGUGCUUGGAAGCUUGAUGAAAUUGGAGGAGUUGUAUAUGGAGAAUAGCUUUGAUCGAUGGGAUGCUGUGGAGCAAAAUCCACCAACUAAUGCCAAGCUUAUUGAGCUAAAUAACUUGAAGAAUCUCUGCACUUUGCAUUUGUCCAUUCUCAAUCCAAGUGGGCUCCCUGAGGAUUUAAACGUCGAGAAAUUAAUCAAGUACAAAAUCCAGAUAGGUGAUGUGACGCGCUGGAGAAGUCGCAAAGGAUCAAGCAUAUUGGAGCUUAAGUUGUAUCCAAUAAGCAAUAUUCUUCAGGAUGGAUUCAUGCAAACUUUCUUAGGCAAAACUGAUGAUCUAUUUUUAGAUGGAUUAAACGGAAUUGAGCAAAGUAUUUGCGAGUUAUCCCAAGAAGGCUUUCCAAAUUUAAAGCAUCUACACGUCGAGAAUAGUCCCUCCAUCCAUCAUGUCCUCCAAUCGCAAUCCUAUACAAAAUUUAGGAAGUUGGAGUCAUUACUUCUCAAGAAUCUCAUCAACUUUGAGAAGAUAUGUAACGACUCUAUUUCCUCCAAGUCCUUCAAUGCAUUAAAAGUGAUACAAGUCGAAAGUUGCAACAAAAUGGAAGUUUUGUUUCCUCUUUCAUUAUUGAGAGAACUUCCACAGCUUGAAGAGAUCCGAGCUAUCAAGUGCCACUUAAUGCGGGAGAUUGUAGAAGUUGAUGAUUGUGGGAAAGUUGAAUUGCAUAAUUUACAUUUGGAUAAAGCAACUGUUUUCGUCAUUGUGUAG